AUGCUCCCCCUAAGACGCCACAUUCUCAAACGCACACUGGGAUACCCGAGCAGAUGAGUCUACCCGCUCCGGGCCAAGAUGAAUCACCCACAAGACUAG